AUGGUUCCACUGUGGAAGGUGUGCCUCCGCAAGUCGGCUUCUGGAUUUAUGAAGCGGAUUUCUUUGGUUCUUCGUUUCAUCUGGCUCAAAAUUCUCUUUCAUCUAUCAUCUUCCGCCUCGCCGCGAGUUGCGGUGGAUUUUGUCUGUUUAAGUUUAUCACUGCUAAUCCGAGAGGCUCUGGCUUGUAGCAAGAUAGACCGGACGCCGCUCGCUCGCUGGAAGUAGCCAGUUGCCGCUGUGCAGCGUCGUAAGCCAUAUGUUCUUCCGCCGGUAUUUUCUGAUGAUGGUGAAACCUAUCCGUUUGUUUUCAGGAAGAUCUUGUGCUCGAAGCAGAGCGGUGGUGUCGAGGUUGGUCCAGCGGUCGUCUGGGGCGUCCCCGGUCCCAGGUUUGGGCUCCAUGAGGGGCAUUUUCGAUUGCAGACCUCUUACGGUGCGUUCCUGGGAUCCUGCACGAACCCCGUCUCGGCAGAAAGUCGAUGUACGUUCAAUGUUGCAUCCCCCGGACUGAAGAAGUGAGUCCUUGGUUCUUGCCUCGUUUAUGUGCGUGUUAAUAUGUUCUUGCCUCCCUUAUGUCCUUGGUUUUUGGGAGGAUUGGGGGAAGUGGAUGGUAUCUCAUGGUCAUGUGAUGUGGAAAAGAGAAUGGGAUAUACAAUAACAUGUCCAGUGUUUAAUGCUCUUAAUAAAGACCAUUACUUGGCUUCACCUCAUGUUUUUGUUCCCUGGACAAGGAAGUUGCAGUGGAUGAAAGCAAAGAAGAAAACAGUUGCAUGUCUUUGGUUUCGUUUGGGUUCUGCCAGCACCGAUCUUCUUCUUCUUCUCCGACUGUUGGUAACGUAGCAGUUAUCCUGGACCCAACUUCAAAAUCUGAGUGGCUGGCUUUGCUGUAGUGAGACUGGGGUUUUUCCCCAAGGUAUCGAUUUGGACUCCAUCAGUAGCAUUUUACUGCCUGCGUUACAGGGAGAUCAUACCCAAGUUUCUUCGCAAAACUGAACGAGCCAUGUUUUUUAGUGUUUACUGCUGCAGUCUGAUUGUCAAGAAUACUGACAACUGUAGGAACUGUAGGAGGGGGCACCGGGGGGGGGGAGAUGGGGGGGGGGGGGAACUGUGGUGGUGGGUUUGCCGCUCUCAACCCAGCGCAAAGGAUUUCUCCUCCUAGGUUGGUUUGAUCAGGGGGAAGGGGUUGGGGUGGAGAUAUCGUUGCAUUAUCUUUGACUGUCAUUGAAAUGAUGAAGGCUUUUUAACUUCCAAUCACAAAAGUUCUGAUACAUUUUGCUCUAUAUUUUUAAUAAUAAUAAUAAUAAUUUUGAAGUUUUAAAUUCAACAUACUUAAUGCAAUGUUGCUGCCUUUGCAGACUUCUUGAUUUUUUUUCUGAUUUAUUUGUAAUUUUCAUUGGUAGGUUAUCAGCAGUUGAUGAUCCAGGUAUUUGCUCAAAUGAUUUGCAAGAUUUUGAGAGAGAACUGGAAGAGUUCUUCUCCAAUGUCAAAACUAUGAUAAAGUUGGAUAGGAAAGAUGACGCCAUAGAGCUACUUCAAGCAAAUUAUGAAGCUGUGAAAGAACAAAUAGGGGAAGGUACUAGAGACGUAGAACAAGCUGCCUUACUUGACGUAAUUGCUUUGGGGUACAUGGCUGUUGGUGACUUCGAGACUGUUGAGAACAUUCUGCAAAUGGUAAUUUCAUGAACUGAGACCUAGACAAAGUUUAUUGAAAAAAUUCGAUGUUACUGAAAGUAUGUUAUUUCUACAUAAACAAAGUUUUAGAAAUGAUAGAAGACAUGAUGAUCAAAUAGAGCUAUACUGUGCAGGCAGGUAGAAGUUGGUAGCUGUGCAUGGAAAAAAAAAAAUUCCUUUAUAUUAUUUCUUUGGUUACACGCUCAAGUUGGAGUAGUAUAACCCAUGUUGUGAGACCUUGGUUACUGCCUAUCCCCCUCUUAUAUUCAUAUUAUGCGAAAGUAGGAGAACGAGAAGAAAAAUAAAUUAGAAAAGGGGGCUCCAACUUUGCUGUUGUUAUGGGCAUGAAUUAGGUCUGACAAACAUUUACAAGGGAGUCAGCAUUUGAGAAUUCAUCCUUUUAUUUUAGUCUUUAAUCAUUUUUUCUGUUACAUUAAAAUGAUGUCAUUUUUAUAUUGACUCAGCUAUUUUUGCGAUAUGCCAAUAUUCCAUUUAUAUAAUAAUAUUGAUAUGGGUUCACCUAGGUGAAGAUAGUGCAUCUUCAUAAAUUUGGCUCAGUGAGUGGAAAUACGUGGGAAUAUAUCAAGAAUCCAUUCAACACACGUACUAUUUCAUAGACAAAUCAUGCAGGUUUUGUUCGAUAUACACCCACGUAUCGAACAUUCCACUGACGAGCUUUUGGGCAUGGAUAAUUGAAUGACGAGCUCCAGCGCAUGCAUUUAAACUUUCUAGCUUUGAAGCAUGUCAUAUUUUUAUGGCUUCUUAUGAUAUACAGUUGAAUGAGGUGGUGGGUUGCAUUGCCGAUGGAAAACCAUUGAUGGAUUCCAUACUUAUUCAUAUUGGAAGCUUGUACACGAAUCUUGGAAUGCUCGAUAAAGCAUCGCAGGCAUAUGGAAGGGGUCUCAAGAUACUGGAGAAUGCUUUCGGUAGGGAGCCAUAUGCUUUCAAAGUUUUUGAUUUUUAAUAGCUACAAUUGUCCGCCAUCAUAUUUCAUGUGGAGACAAUUUUAUCUUGGAAGAGCAGGCAUGAGUCAACGCCGAAUUUUAGCUGAAAACAUUUUUGGCGUGAUUAGUGUUUCAUGUAUAAUCGUUCUUCUAUAUCUUAUCUACCUUAGUUUCCAGGAAGUCUUACUCAGCUGAUGAUGUCUAAUUUUCUUGUGAUAGGAAGUCAGAGUCCUUUCCUUGUGAUGCCACUCUUAGGUUUGGCAAAGGUUUUGAAAUUAAGUGGAAGAGUGACUGAAGCGAUGGAAACCUAUCAGCGGUCAAUCACUAUUCUGGAAAGAAGCAGAGGACCCAUGAGUGAAGAUCUUGUUCUCCCAUUGUUUAGCAUCGGGAACCUUUUCAUCGACGAAGGACGAGCAGUAGAUGCUAAAACCACUUUCAGCAGGUGAUCAUUUCAUUUUCCUUGUGAAGAUUAGAGCGUUUCAACUCCAGAGUCAGCCUUUUUAUUAUUCGCUUUAAUUCUGCAGAAUUGUGAGCAUUUACACUCGGAUAUUCGGAGAAAAUGAUGGAAAGGUUGGAAUUGCUAUGUGCUCUCUGGCGCAUGCUAAUUGUGCCGAAGGUAACUGAGUUACUCAUCACGGAAUUUUCAUGAAAUUCGUUGUUCAAUCGCCCUAAUUAAGAUUGACUUAUGAAAUAUUAUCAUCCAGGAAAUAUAGAUGAAGCCAUUCGUUUGUACAAGAAGGGUCUUCAGAUUAUCAAUGAUUCCAAAUAUAUGUCCAUAGACGACGACAUUCUGGAAAAGAUGAAGGUAGAUCUUGCGGAAUUGCUCCAUGCUGCAGGAAGGUAAACAGUUAGUUUUUACCAAGCUAUUUCUAUUUCCUUCCUGUAAAUGGCGUCAAGGCUGUCACUUCAAUAUAUAUAUGGCUGUUCGUCUCGAUCAUCUUUCUAUAAUGGGUUUCAAAUAUUUCUGUCGUUGACAAUCCAUCUGUUUUGGGCUUGCAUCGAGGUAUUUUUUCUUUUAAUGGCGGAUGGAUCUCGCUCACUCGAAUGCAGGGAAACGGAGGGCCGAGAGCUGCUGGAAGAAUGCUUGCUGGUGAACGAGAGGCACAAGGGGAGCGAGGACCCCAGCUCAGUGGCCCACCUUCUGAAUCUGGCCACUUCCUAUUCCCGCUCGAAGAACUUCGUGGAGGCAGAACGGCUGCUGCGGACGAGCUUGCAGGUGAUGUCGAGAACAGUUGGCCCCAGAGACCAAUCUCUGACGGUCCCGAUGCUCCACCUCGCCGUCGUCCUGUACAGCCUCAGACGAGACGAAGAAGCGGAGAAGUUCGCCCUGGAAGCUCUCUCCAUCCGCGAAUCUGCUUUCGGCCGGGAGUCGCUUCCAGUUGGUAAUCACGGAACGAGGCACUUGGCGGCCAUGGGCUGUUUGGAUCGAGCUGAUGAGAUUUGUCUUGGCAGGGGAGGCGUUGGAUGUUCUGGUUUCGAUCCAGACGAGGUUGGGGAAGGAGGAGGGAGAGGCGUUGGAGAAUCUGAAGAGGGUUCUGGCCAUUCAGGAGGCCGAGUUCGGGCAUGAGAGCGAGGAGGUGAUGGAGACGCUGAAGAAGGUCGUCUUCUUCUUGGACAGGACGGGGAGGAGAGACGAGAAGGCGCCCCUUCAGAGGAGGCUGGCCCUGCUUAGAAACAAGUACAAGUAUCUGGUCCCUUCUUGA